AUAUCCAGAGGCCUUGAUGUCCUGCAGAUGAAGGAGGAGGAUGUCCUCAAAUUCUCUGCAGCAGGAACCCACUUAGGUGGUGUCAAACUUGACUUCCAAAUGGAACAGUACAUCUAUAAAAGGGAAAGUGAUGACAUCUUCAUCACAACACUGAAGAGGACCUGGGAGAAGCUUCUGUUGGCAGCUUGGAUGGCCAUUGUUGCCACUGAAAAGCUGGCUGAUGUCUGUGUCAUAUCCUCCAGGAAUACAGGCCAGCAGACUGUGCUGAAGUUUGCUGCUGCCACUGGAGCCACUCCUAUUGCUGCAUGCUUCACCCCUGGAACCUUCAGUCACGAAAUCCAAGCAGCCUUCCAGAAGCUGUGCCUUUUAGCGGUCACUUAUCCCAAGGCUGACCACCAGCCUCACACAGAGCUCUCUUGCAUGAACCUGCCCACCAUUGUUGUGUGUAACACAGAUUCUCCUCUCCACUCUGUGGGCAUUGCCAUCCUAUGCAACAAGGGACCUCACUCAGUGGGUCUGAUGUGGUAUAUGCUGGCCCUGGAGUUUCUGCACAUGCAUGGCACCAUCUCCCAGGAGCAUCUGUGGGAGGUCAUACCUCACCUCUACUUUUACAGAGAUCCAGAAGAGAUCAAAAAGGAAGAGCAGGCCACUACUCAAAAUGACAUGACCAAGGAAGAAUUUCAGGAUGAAUGGACUGCUCCUGCUCCUGGAUUUACUGCUGCUCAGCCUGAGGUCACAGAGCAAUUCCCUACAGAAGACUAGAGUUCUCAGCCUGCACCUGCAGACUGGUCUGCAGCCCCCACUGCCCAGGCACUUAGUAGGUAA